CCAGCCCUGCUCUGGCGCAGAGUUAAACAUACAAACUUUUUGUCUGCACUCGAAAUUUUGUUGCGAUUUUGUUUUUGGAAUAUUUUGAAGAUUAAACGUUAUAAUAGGUGUCGCCGUUUAACAAUCAGCAAAUUUCUCACAACGACAAAAACCUCUCACUGAGGCAAUGGAUGUCAAUUCACGUUUCCCAGCACGAUUACCAGGGCCCGCCAUUAGCUCAGUUGUGGGUAACUCUGACGAGCCGCUGCCCAGUCUAUCCGAUCUGCAUGACUGCGAGCCCAAGCUGGAGUUUGAUGAUACCGAGCUGUUGUCCCCAGCGCCCCUAGAGAAAGAUGUUAUGGUCGGCGAUUUUGUGCUAGCCGAUGAUCCGUUUCCAGAUCCCGAACUUGAGACAGAAGAGGCACCAAAUCCCCUAGAGGACGACUUUGAAGACCAGCUGCGUGAGCAGUCCGAGAACUUUCAGGGUAACAAGAACAAAUGCGACUUCCUGGGCACUGAUAAACAAGGUCGUCACAUUUUUGGCAUUUACGCCUCGCGCUUUCCCGAAAAGUCACAACUCGAAGGUUUUGUGCGACAAGUCAUCAAAGAGAUUGAACCGUUUGUGGAGAACGACUAUAUACUCGUCUACUUUCAUCAGGGUCUCAAGGAGGACAAUAAGCCCUCGGCGCAAUUCCUGUGGAACUCGUACAAGGAGCUGGAUCGUAAUUUUCGUAAAAACUUAAAGACUUUGUAUGUGGUGCAUCCGACGUGGUUUAUACGCGUCAUCUGGAACUUCUUCAGUCCAUUCAUCAGCGAUAAGUUUCGCAAAAAGCUAGUCUACAUCUCCAGCCUCGAUGAGCUACGUCAGGCUUUGGGCCUGAACAAGCUCAAGCUGCCGGACACCAUUUGCGACUUCGACCAUAAACUGAAUCCGAGUCGUGGCCGCGCAUCGCAGCCAGCAGCACCCAAUGGGCGGCCAACGAUGCAGUUUGGCGUGACCUUGAAGUUCAUCGUUAUGCACAGUCCAUGCUUGAAUUCCAUACCGCCGAUUGUGCGGAAGUGUGUGGACUCGCUCUCGAUCACGGGCGUCAUCGACACGGAAGGUAUUUUCCGGCGUUCCGGCAAUCAUAGUGAGAUUAUGGCUCUCAAGGAGCGCGUCAAUCGUGGCGAAGACGUGGACUUAAGCAACGUCAAUGUGCAUGUCAUAGCGGGUCUGCUCAAGAGUUUCCUACGGGACCUCGCCGAACCACUGCUUACCUUCGAGCUGUAUGAUGAUGUGACCAAGUUCCUAGACUGGCCCAAGGAGGAGCGUUCGAGGAACGUUACCCAGCUGAUACGUGAAAAACUGCCCGAAGAGAAUUACGAGCUAUUCAAAUACCUUGUGGACUUUUUGGUGCGAGUUGUGGACUGUGCGGAUCUCAACAAAAUGACCUCAUCGAACCUGGCUAUUGUAUUUGGUCCGAAUUUCUUGUGGUCCGGCCGCACGAACACGUCCCUCGAGGAGAUAGCACCGAUCAAUGCAUUUGUUGACUUUGUGCUGCAGAAUCACAAGGCUAUCUAUCUGAUUGAUGUUAAUCAGCGCACGGUCAGUGUCGAUUAGCGGAAUAGCUGACGAACCCACACAAAAGAAGUCCGUAAUUUGUAAAUUGUUUCAUUAAGUGUUUAGCCUAUAAGCCCGUCAAGAGGAGCACAGUGAAAAGCGCAAGCGUUGUUUCGUGUAUAAAGUGUGUUAAAUCUUAAGUUGAAAAUAUUUUAACUCUCCUUUUUUUUUAAUCUAUUAUUAUUGUAAUUGGGUGCAAAUGCGGAAGCUGUUUCUCGUGUUCUGCGCCUAUUUUAAUCGCUCUUAACUUAUACUCUUUCCCCUUAAUUACUUAUUUAACAUAUUAAAAUCAAGCAUAGUUAAUUUACCAAAGAAA